UUCCCGCUUCCCCCCGCCGCUCUCGGCCCGGGCCGCCCGCCCGCCCUCUCCCCCGUCCCGGAGAGACGCGGCCGCGCCGAGAGCCGCCAAGAUGGCGUCCGCCCUGGAGCAGUUCGUCAACAGCGUCCGGCAGCUCUCGGCCCAAGGGCAAAUGACCCAGCUUUGUGAAUUGAUCAAUAAAAGCGGGGAACUACUAGCAAAAAAUCUCUCCCAUCUGGAUACAGUGCUUGGUGCCCUGGAUGUGCAAGAACACUCUUUAGGGGUUCUUGCUGUUUUGUUUGUGAAGUUUUCUAUGCCAAGUGUCCCUGAUUUCGAAACAUUAUUCUCGCAGGUCCAGCUUUUUAUCAGCACUUGUAAUGGGGAGCACAUUAGAUAUGCAACAGACACUUUUGCUGGCCUCUGCCACCAGUUAACAAAUGCCCUUGUGGAAAGAAAACAACCCCUGCGAGGAAUUGGCAUUCUCAGACAAGCCAUAGACAAGAUGCAGAUGAACACAAACCAGCUGACCUCAAUACAUGCAGAUCUCUGCCAGCUCUGUUUGUUAGCAAAAUGCUUUAAACCUGCCCUCCCAUAUCUAGAUGUGGACAUGAUGGAUAUUUGUAAAGAGAAUGGGGCAUAUGAUGCGAAGCACUUUUUAUGUUACUACUACUAUGGUGGGAUGAUAUACACUGGGCUAAAGAACUUUGAAAGAGCGCUCUACUUUUACGAACAGGCAAUAACUACUCCAGCCAUGGCAGUCAGUCAUAUUAUGUUGGAAUCAUAUAAAAAGUACAUUCUAGUUUCUUUGAUACUACUUGGCAAAGUUCAACAGCUACCGAAGUACACCUCUCAGAUAGUGGGUAGAUUCAUUAAGCCCCUUAGUAAUGCAUACCAUGAAUUAGCACAAGUUUAUUCAACCAAUAAACCAUCAGAGCUCCGAAACUUGGUCAACAAACAUAGUGAAACAUUCACCAGAGAUAACAAUAUGGGGCUGGUUAAGCAGUGCUUGUCAUCUCUUUAUAAAAAGAAUAUACAGAGGUUAACCAAGACAUUUUUAACCCUGUCGUUACAAGAUAUGGCAAGUAGAGUGCAGCUGUCGGGGCCGCAGGAAGCAGAAAAAUACGUCCUUCACAUGAUAGAAGAUGGUGAAAUCUUUGCAAGUAUUAAUCAGAAAGAUGGUAUGGUCUGUUUCCAUGAUAAUCCUGAAAAAUACAAUAAUCCGGCUAUGCUUCAUAACAUUGAUCAGGAGAUGCUGAAAUGUAUAGAGCUUGACGAACGACUGAAAGCCAUGGAUCAAGAGAUCACUGUGAACCCUCAGUUUGUGCAGAAGAGUAUGGGCUCUCAAGAAGAUGAUUCAGGAAGCAAACCUUCAAGUUAUUCUUGAAAUUAACAUUGGCCACUAUUCAGUUUUAAAGUAAAAGCUAAGGAAAACCACCUUUUGGACCGGGCAUUGAAAAGUCCUAUGAAGAGAGCAGAGAGAACUGAGGCUUUCACCUGGACAUUUAGAAAAUAAAAUGACACCUUCUCAGUACUGUAUGAUUUCAAAAAUAUUCUCUGCAAAGAAAGGAAAUCUCAAAGAAAUUUUAAAGUCUGUUGUGGAUUUAUUUAUCUUCAGAUUAACGUCGUUAAUGCAUUAAAUAAUCUUCCUUUUGUUUUAAAUGGUUUGAAUGUUGCUGUUUCUGUAGCAGUCCUUUUUCCUCUCCUACAGAAUUUGUUUAAAGUGUGUUCAGGGAAGAAUACAAACAAGUAUGGGUCACUUAUACAAGACAAUUAUUAGUUCGUUAUUUGAAAGCAUUUUGGACUCAGUUUGCUCUCUAAAUACAGAUUUAUUUAUCAAUGUAUAGAAAAAAUAAUUUACUUUAUUUAAGAGUAACAAUUUUUGUAAACUUACAUUCUAUCCCUACCCAGUCCAGCUGGCAGCUGUCUAUUAAGUGAUUAAAUAUAAGCCCUCUUCAUCCCAAAAGGCUGAGAAUAUUACCAUAGCACUCCCGUGCUGGUAUGGAAUUAGAAUGUGGCAUUAGCUGGCUCUGCUGUAGAGCGCAAAAGGGUAUAGGGUCCUCUGUAUAUGACAACCACUUAUUUUAUGCCAGUAAUUUAAAAACCAAUGAUAGAAUUAAUGUCCUUCAAUAUUAAUGGAAUAUUCUUGCCAUCAGAUGAAAAUUUCUAGAGCUACACAAAAGGGUAUCUUUAAAACCUGGAUUUUGUGGAGCAAGACAGAGGUGAAGUCCAGUUUGCAUUGAAAAGAACUCUAGUGGCUCAAGACUACACAACCUGACAUAAAGAAGCUUUUAAAACACCCUGGAACUUGGCUGUGUGUGUGAAUUCCAUGGAAGUACAAGGGUACUAUAGAGCUACAGUUGAGGCUUACCUCUCUGUGGCACUUUUAAUACACUACUAAUAUAAAAGCAGACCUAUCAUAUAGAGGUAACGUAUGCUGGAAUAGUGUUCUGCAGCUUGAAAUCCAAGGAUUCAUUUCAACCAUAGAUGCCUUGUUGAAUUAUUUAAGUAGUUUACCCAUUGAAUCAACAGGUUUGCUGUUAGUUUUGUAGUUUUUGUGUAUCUGAAACUUCUCACUGUUAACAGAGCAUUUUUGAAACAGUUGCUGUCACUGUUGGCCUCCUGCUGUCCGACAUAAACUUGUCACUGAGUCAGAUUUUUCAGAAUUGCUCAGCAUCCCACAGUACCCACUCAAGUAUCUCCAUGGGAGCUGCUGGUGCUGAGCACUACUAAAGGCGCUAUUCCACGUGAGAUUACUGUGUGACUAUGGAGCACCUGUGCUUCUAACGCUGAUAUUGGGAACUGUUUUUUAAAGAGCUCUAAAUCUAGCAGAGCCGCCUUUGACAGAGGUAUGCCCUCUCUAGUAAAAGCAAAAACCAUGUGCAAGCUCGUCUGUAGCUGGUGUAUGAGUGUUGUUUAAAACUCUUUCCUCAAAUGGUUUGCUCCAUUAUUUUGUAUGUCUACCCAGCAAAACAGACAAACAAAACCCCUUCAACAGCAAAUCUCAGUGCCUAGGUCUAUAGAUUCGGGCUCAUGCUACAGCGCUAAAAAUAGCUGUCUAGAUGUUCCGGCUUGAGCUGUGAAGUCCAUCCCCUUCAGUAGGCUUCAACAGCCCCAGCCAGAACAUCUGCACAGCUAUUUUUAGGAUGGGACCCAGUCUAUAUACCUGGACUCUAAGACCUACUGCAGCAGGGUAUAUUUUUUUUCCUGCGUAGGCAUAUCCUUGGAGGUGCUGCUUCCCAUCAUAAAACAGCUUCUAUAUUGAAGACAGCUUUCACACCUAACCUUACAGCAAGUCCUUGUCUUUCAUAAUUUGACUUCCCACACUUGUAAUUAGUAAAGAUUUGUGAUUUUAAGUCUUAGACUCAGAUUUUUAAAGACAUUUGGACAUGAUGGCGGUCAGCCGUGCAAUGCCUCAAAUGGAUUAGGUGCCUACAUCUCAUUUUCAAAAGGGCUUUAUGCUCUUGAAUCCAAAUGGGAUUUGGGCUUCUAAAUUGAACCUAAAUAUGUUUACAAAUCUGGGACGUGCUCCUUCCCAACCUUCUCUCCGGUUUUAAUCCUGCGGGGAUUGUAAAUGCUGAAUGUGCCGUCCUGUUUGGUCCUCUAAAAAUAUCUUAAAGAUUGGUAACACUGCACGUUGAAGUGUGAAGCUGGGUUGUGAAAGUCCUUCACUAUGUGCAGUCACUACACAACAGAUACAGAAAAUGGCUAAGCACAAACUGCAGCUUAUACAAAUGUGUGAGAAGGCCCCCUUUCACACAGAAGAAUCAUUUAAAACAUGGCAUAGGAAGUGAAUAUAACAAAAGUAUUUUAUUAGUUUAAAAAAACCCCACCAACCUUCAUCUAUUUUCUAAGUGAUAGUUCAACUAUACAACUUUAAGCCAUUCCUAUUUGUGCUUUUGUGGAUUUGUCUCAAAUAACUGUCAACAAAUUACUUAGUUUAAUAUAGUACCACUGAGCAAACUAGUGUUAGUCAUGCAGUUGAUUUGAUACAGUUGCUUGUUAAGUUGUAUAAUUUGCUUUUUUUUGUCACACUGGUCAAAUAAGCCACAUGAACAAGUUUAAAGGGUGGUGUGUAAACACCUAUAAAAUUUCCAAGUUAUAUAGUCCUUGUUUUAUGCUACAAUACUUUAGUGUUCUAAAUGUUUAAAAAAUGUGUUGAGAUGUUCAAAGCUAGCUGGCAGGUUUAGCCACACCAUUCUCAAUGGAACUGACAGAAGCUGGGUAGAUAAAUCCUCUAGUUUGCUUUGAAAAUUGUAAGCAAGAUCCUAGCUCACUAGAGUUUACCAUCUAACAUGAGCCAUGGUGCCCCAAGCCAGUGGCAGUUGCAGGGCUGAAGUAGGACAAGAGUGACAACAGCCUAGGGUGACUCAGUUCUGGCAUCUGUACGUCCUCUGGGCCUCUUGCAAAUAAAGUUUUGUAGGUUUUCAACAAAUUAACUCCUUGCAUUGCUUUCAUCUGACCUGGUCAUUGAAAAGUGCAGAACAAUUCAGACCCCAGUGAGGGACUGGAAGCUUUGCCGCCACUUACGCCUUCUGGAUUUAAAUACUAUUUGAGGGAAAAACAUAUAAUCAAACUUAACAUUGCAUGUUACUCAACUUUAUUUAAAAUCUCAAAAAUCCUGUGGCCACAAUCUUCAUGUCAUAAGUGCCCACAAGAUGCAUCCACAACCUAUUAGAUGCAUGUACAGUGAAAUAAAUCUAAUACAUACAUUGGUGCAUCUAGUUUGCAACUGUACUUCAAUUUGUUGAGGGUAAGCUAUACCCUUCCUUAAAGCAACUUGCAACUACAGUUUCUAGCCACAGGGUGGGGCCUUUAAUUCAGAUGUUUAACAGAAGUUGAAAUAGUUGAGAGAGGACCAGAAGUUGCUUCUGAAUAACUUCCUGUAAUAUUUGUGCCAUUUUUGAGCACUGCAGCAUAAGUUCACUGAGCUUUUCACACAUGCAGUAUACUUGCCUUGCUCCAGGUGCUGCUGGCUGACUAAAAUUGCUUCUUUCUGCACACCUUUCCCCUCCUUUUACUAAGCUACAACUGUGACCCAUUUCUUGUGUUGUCAUAGGUUAUCUGUAUAACUUAGGAAAUGUGGUUUGCUGCAUGGCCAGAAUGGCUGAGAAGGUUAGUCCUGAGAAGUUGUUUAAAUGUACUAUUGAAAAAUAAAGAUCACAAACAGAA